AUGCGGGUUUCCGUUUGGGCGACCAAGAAACCACCAUCCCAUCCGAGAUUGACCCGCGAACUGACGACGCCCGCUUCUUCCGAUCCAUCCGCGCAGGCUCCCGAGAAGGAUGGCGCCAAGCCCAAGGCCAAGAAGGACAAGGGCGAGAAGAAACCCAGCGCGCCCGCCGCGGAUUUCGACGCCUUCGAGGAGGCCAAGACCGUGAUCAUCGUGCCCGCCAAUCAGCUCGAGCUCACGCAGAAGGAGAUGGACGAGGAGAUCACCAAGCAGCUCACCGCGAACAACCCGAACGCUCCAGCCAACAUCGCGCGGUACAACACCAAGGAGCGCGAGUACAAGUUCGAGCCCAUGAUCGAUCAGCUCGUGAUGCACUUCGCCUCGGACGGCUACCUCCUCCAUCGAGAUUCGGACGCCGCGAAGCAGCAGCUGCAGCUCGAGGCGAUGGAAGCCGAGGCCAUCGAGGAGUACGAGCGCGCGGUGGCCGGUCUGCCCAAGAAGAGGGCGCCGGGGGAGGAGGGCGAAGGCGGGGAAGGCGGGGACGACGGUGGCGACGCCGCGGACGACGACGACGACGACGCCGCCCGGGAACCCGUGGACGACUCCAAGGCGCUUCGCAAUCAGUUCAACUUUUCCGAGCGCGCCGCGCAGACGGUGAACAACCCCACGCGGGAGCGGCAGUCCGCGACGGAGCCCCCGCCCUCGCAGCAGUUCACCGCGAGCGCCACGCAGUGGGAGAUGUACGACGCGUACAUGGAGGAUCAGCUGCGCGUGGCGAUCCAGAGGGACAUGAUGAAGAAGCAGAAGCAGAGGGAGAAGGAGGCUGAGGAGGCGGAGGAGGCGGGUGAGCCGCCGCCGAAGAAGAAGGAGGAGCCCAAGCCCCCGCCCAAGGAGAAAAAGCCGGAGAUGAUGGCGGGCGUGCCGAUGACGCGCGCGGUUAAGGUCAUGGAGCGCAUGGUCAACCAGAACUCCUACGACGACAUCGCUCAGGAUUUCAAGUACUGGGAGGACCAGAGCGACCGCUUUCGAGAGGGCGAGGGCACGCUGCUGCCGCUGUGGAAGUUCUACAACGAACGCGCGAAGCGACGGCACGUCACCGCGAUCGCGUGGAAUCCGACGUACCACGACCUGUUCGCGGUCGGGUACGGAUCCUUCGAUUUCGUGAAGCAGAUGAGCGGGCUGAUCUGCUGCUAUUCGCUGAAGAACCCCAGCCACCCCGAGUAUACGUUCACCACGGAUUCGGGCGUCAUGUGCCUCGACUUCCACCCGCAUCACCCCAGCCUGCUGGCGGUGGGACUGUACGACGGCAGCGUCAUGGUGUACGACGUGCGGAACAAGGUUAACCGCCCCAUUCGGCAGUGCACCGUCAAGACGGGCAAGCACACGGAUCCGGUGUGGCAGGUGAAGUGGCAGGACCAGGACCUCAGCGAGCGCUCGCUCAACUUUUGCUCCGUGUCGUCCGACGGGCGGGUCACCACCUGGACCAUGUCCAAGUCCGAGCUGGUGCACGAGGAUCUGAUGGAGCUCAAGCUCGUGACGGCGGAUGCCGACGACGACGCCGACGCCCUCGGGUCGCUCGCGGGGGGGUGCUGCUUCGACUUCAACAAGGCGCAGGAUCACCUCUUCGUCGUGGGAACGGAGGAGGGCCACGUGCACAAGUGCUCCAAGGCGUACAACUCGCAGUACCUGGAGACGUACGUCGGUCACAACAUGGCGGUGUACAGCGUGCAGUGGAACCCGUUUCACCAGAAGGCUUUCCUCUCCGCGUCGGCGGAUUGGAGCGUGAAGCUCUGGGAGCACAACUCGAGCCGACCGCUGAUGAGCUUUGACCUGAACAACGCGGUGGGAGACGUGGCGUGGUCGCCGCUCAACUCCACCUCCUUCGCGGCGGUCACCAGCGACGGCAAAGUGCACGUGUACGACCUCGACGUCAACAAGCACGAGCCCAUCUGCGAGCAGAAGAUUGUGCGCAAGGCGAAGCUCACGAAGGUUGCGUUCAACCCCGAGCACCCGGUGCUGUUGGUCGGCGACGACAGGGGUUGCGUGACGUGUUUGAAGCUGUCGCCGAACCUGAGGAAGGGGGGCGCGGAGCCGGAGCGCAUGGAGACGCUGGUGGAUACCGCUCUGAAGGGUGAGCAAGCAUGA